AUGCAGAAUCGUAUUACAAAGUCAUGCCAAAUAAGAAAGAACAAACGAGCUGAUAGACUACGUGAUCUACUCCAAUUAACACCAUCCGAUUCUAUUCUACUUGAUGCUUGCGCAAGAAAACCACCCAAUGACGUCAAAGCCUUAUUAGAAGCACUGCCAGAAACCAAUCCAGAUACCAUUCGAGAUAAAUAUUUACGGACACCUUUACAUAUAGCAUGCGGGCGAAAGGAUGAUUUUGAAAAUGCAACAGCGAUAGCCAGAUUGUUGAUCAAAGCAGGUUCCGAUGUCAACAAUGGAGUGGGGGAUGUAGAUGGUUUACAGCCAAUACAUAUGGCUGUGCUUGCUGGAAAUCAUCAAUGCGUACUUAUGCUGUUACACGAAGGUGUAAAUAUACCAGCUUCAGAUCCCUUUCGACUUACACCCUUACUUCUUGCGAAGCUCAAGUUAGAUAACCUCCGACAUGCUCAACAUUCAAUUCACAAUAUAGAGGAUGAUCAGAUUCAAUGGAUGUCAGAGAGUGCGAAAAGUCAAUAUGAUGAUGUGAAACAGAUAACUCAAGUGUUGGUGUCUCAUCUAGCAAACAAGCACAUCACUACCUACGGAUUACCGUCCUACGACACAUCAGGCUACCAUGGAUUAUCAGACUUUUUGUUCUCAAAGCAAUCCGACGAGGAGUUGAGCGACACGAUAUCUUCCAUUACAGACAAAUUAGCCUCCAUAGGCAUGAACGAUGUAGAAACAGACGAUAAAAUCAUUCAGGAUUCGGUGAAUGGGCUAAUAGAAAAAGUCAAAAAAUUAGGCAUCAAUGAAGCAAUAAAGUAA